AGACCACAUAUCGAUUAUAUCGGUAUAUCAGGGAUUACUCAGACGAUUCUAUUCGAUUUUCUAAAUGAUGUCCCUCAUCUUCGCCGUGAUCAUCAUAAAGCUCGCACCGGCUGGCGCAGGGUAAAUCCCGAGGCUUCGUCCUGUACUUCUUACUGGACAGCUGAUAUAUUGAACCCCGACAAUAAUAAGACAGCCCCGGUUGAACAGAUAGCCUAUCCUAUCCACGCCCACUGCUGGGUACUAGUGGAUCGUGUUAUUGGAUUUGGAUUGGUUGAAGCCAAUCUAAAGAUAUUUUUGGUCGCAGUCGAACAAUUUUGGGCUGAAAAUGCUAAGCUUUGGUGCAGGUCACCUUUGAAAGAAGUUGGGUAUGAAACAGAUUCAGAUCCAGAUCCAGAUCCAGAUGAUUGG